AUGGCGGGGAGAGUAUCUGAGGAAGGCAAGCUGAGCCAAACAAAUGACACCGGAACCUCUGCAACGUCAAUCCAGCCAACAAUCCUUUCUCCUCCACUUCUAUUCCCUGUCCUAAUGUUGUCGCGGAACGUCGUUGCUAUUGCGCGUGGUCGUGGACUGCUACGCGCGAAGCAUCUUCAGGAGGCUUCGGUCAUCCUGAACCGCGCCAAGGUAGCGAAAUUCCACGCCUCACGUCUACUUCAAGCGGAGACGAUUAAAGUCCCGCAAAUGGCAGAGUCUAUUAGCGAGGGCACACUCAAGUCCUGGUCAAAACAAGAAGGGGACACGGUUGUUGCUGAUGAAGAGGUCGCCACCAUCGAGACCGAUAAGAUCGACGUUUCGGUCAACGCGCCUCAAGCCGGAAAGAUUGUGAAACUACUCGCAAAUGAGGAGGACACGGUCACCGUCGGUCAGGACCUUUUCGUGCUCGAGCCCGGUGAUUUCAGCGAAUCCUCUUCGCCAGCGUCCCCUCCACCCAAAGAGGAACAAUCACCCUCUGAGACUGAGGAGUCCAAACCCAAGGAUACUACGGAGCCCAGCGACCAACAGACGGACAAAUCGCUACCUGAGCCCCCGACUCCCUCGUCUGCCGACAAGAAGGCGGACAAACCAAAGGAAGACAAAUCUCCCAAAAAAGAGAAGGAGGAUAAGAAAGAGAAGAGGGAAAAGAAGGACAAGGAUAGCGCCCCUCCUGCCCCUCGACCAGUGGCGGGUAGCAGGAAUGAGACUCGAGUGAAAAUGAACCGCAUGCGUCUCCGCAUCGCCGAGCGCCUCAAGCAGUCGCAGAAUGCGGCCGCUUCUUUAACAACCUUCAACGAGAUCGAUAUGUCCGCCCUUGUUGCCUUGCGCAAGAAGUACAAGGACUCUAUCCAGAAGGAACAUGACGUGAAACUGGGCUUCAUGUCGUUCUUCUCAAAAGCAUGCGUUCUCGCCCUUCAAGAAAUCCCCGUCGCGAAUGCCAGCAUCGAGGGCGAGGAAAUUGUGUAUCGUGAUUUCGUUGACCUCAGUAUCGCUGUCGCAACGCCGAAGGGUUUAGUGACCCCCGUCGUGCGGAACGCGGAGUCCUUGAGCCUGCUUGAUAUCGAGAGAGAGAUCUCCGCUUUGGGCAAGAAGGCGCGCGAUGGCAAGCUUACGCUGGAGGACAUGACCGGCGGUUCGUUCACCAUUUCGAAUGGCGGUGUCUUUGGAUCCCUCUACGGGACUCCCAUCAUCAACCUACCUCAAUCCGCCGUACUCGGCAUGCAUACCAUCAAAGAUCGCGCAGUCGUCGUUGAUGGUCAGAUCGUCAUCCGUCCCAUCAUGAUUAUUGCGUUGACCUACGACCACCGUCUGCUCGAUGGACGUGAAGCCACGACUUUCCUGGUGAAAGUCAAGGAGUACCUUGAGGACCCUGCAAAGAUGCUCCUUGCCGCAUAA